AUGCAGAAGAGUUCCGAUCUCCUCUACCACAUCAUUUUGACGGUCAUUGACUUUCAUCUCGAGCCGUCGGGAUCCAAACGAGCGAUCUACAUUCUUGGCACUCGCGCGACGAUCGAAGCCGCCAAAGACUCGGCCUUUAGGGUCCUCCAGACGUUGAGGUACAAGCCUGAUGACUUCACCAAGUAUGCCGUCCAUUCAAGUCAUGCCGAAACCUGGGAUCACGGCGACGGCGUUCUCAUCUACGCGAAGGCUCCCGCAGGCCAGGUAUUCCUUGUCUCCAUCCAGGCAACACCCAACACCCAACAGCUCCAAGCCGAUGGGGACGGUACUAUUCUACUACCGCAUGGAGUGCCUUCGCUUCACUACGUGACGCAGACUGUCAUCGACUACAACAAAGACCGGACCGGGUGCGUGCAGGAGAUGCAGAUAGAGGGCACGUUUGUUCACCGUGCCGAUGCCAGAACAGCAGCACGGAAGCUGCUCGACCCUCUUGACUAUUCAGAGUAUGACACGCCGGAGAAGAUGAAGGGCGAGUGGCCAUAUGGAGAGGACGUGCUUGUGCACGCAGUCGCGGAGAAUGGAGAGAAUACUACUGUUGAGAUCAAGACUGUUGUUGAUACGCACCACAAACACGGUAAGGAUAUCUGA